AUGUCCGACCGCAUGGGUUCCCCUCCGGCCAUUGAGGAUCAAGCUAGGCUACUCGAAGAUGCCUUGGUCCUGGUACGGCAACAAACACACCUCAUGCGCAAGUGCUUGGAGACCCCAGGCAAGCUCAUGGAUGCAUUGAAGUGCAGCUCCACACUUGUGUCCGAGCUUCGGACAAGCAGCCUAGGACCUAAACAGUAUUACGAGCUUUAUAUGUCUGUCUUCGACGCUCUCAGGCACCUGUCCGUCUACCUCCGCGAAUCUCACCCUGUCAAUCAUCUGGCAGAUCUGUAUGAAUUAGUCCAGUAUGCAGGAAAUAUCGUACCUCGACUGUACCUCAUGAUCACUGUUGGAACUGUAUAUAUGGGAAUUGAAGAUGCGCCUGUAAAAGAGAUUAUGAAAGACAUGAUGGAAAUGAGUCGAGGGGUACAACAUCCAAUACGCGGUCUGUUCCUCCGAUAUUAUCUCUCUGGACAGGCAAGAGAUUCGUUGCCUGCAGGGAGUGGGGAUGGGCCGGAAGGAAAUCUUCAGGAUUCAAUAUCGUUCAUAUUGACAAAUUUUGUUGAAAUGAACAAGUUGUGGGUAAGGCUGCAACACCAGGGACAUUCGAGAGAGAGGGAACAGAGAACGAAGGAAAGGCAAGAGUUACAGCUACUGGUGGGAAAUAAUCUGGUACGACUGAGUCAACUAGUCGACCUCGAUGCAUACAAGACGGUCAUUCUGCAACCGCUUCUGGAGCAAGUCGUUCAAUGUAGAGACGUUUUAGCACAAGAGUAUCUUCUAGAAGUGAUAACGCAGGUAUUUCCAGACGAAUUCCAUCUUAAUACUUUGGAUCAAUUGCUCUCUGCAAUUGCUCGAUUGAAUCCACACGUCAAUAUCAAAGCGAUAGUAAUUGGCCUGAUGGAUCGAUUAUCAUCGUAUGCUGCGCGAGAAGCAGAGUUAGAAUCACCCGAAGACCGCAAGCAAACAGAAGAAGAAGCCACUACCAGAUUACUGGAGAAACUCCGAGUAUCGAAAGGGAACGAGAUGCCGCAAGCAAAGGCUGAUGGGACCGAGGCAAAGCAAACGAAUGGCGAGCAAGUCAAUGGCGAUAAGCCGACAGAACUACCGUCGAGCGAGAUUGAAGGUCAGCCAGACGAGAACUCAAAAAAACCCGCCACCUCUGAAGAAGAUGGUGACAAGCCACCCUUGAGCAAGAACCGAGGCAUACCUGAAGAUGUCAAGCUUUAUGAGAUUUUUUACGAACAAGUCGUCAACUUGGUCAAUACGCAGCGUUUACACAUCCAAGAUACUAUCGCUUUGCUCGUCUCCUUAUCCAAACUUGCUCUAAACAUAUAUCCCGAACGGCUAGAAUAUGUCGACCAGAUACUUUCGUACGCCAGCGAAAAAGUUGCACAGUUUGCGAACAGUGCCGACCUGCAUUCAGCGCCUACACAAUCGAACAUUUUGGCUCUUCUUCUCGCACCAAUCAAAUCCUAUGUUUCUUUGUACACAGCCCUAGCUCUCCCAAACUUCAUACCCCUUCUUCACGUACAGACGUAUCCUACGCGCCGUGCAGUCGCUUGUGAGGUGGUUCAAAACCUCCUCCGCAAUCAGACUAGAAUCUCGUCAUCCGAACAACUAGACGACGUACUUGAAAUUUUGAGAGUGCUCAUAAAGGAAGGCAUCCAGCAGCCCGCUGGCUAUCCCGGUGUCCCAAGUCAGCGACGAGGUGCCGAGACAGACGAGACAGUAACAGAGCAAGGAUUGCUUGCUAGACUGGUGCACCUUAUCCAAUCGCCCGACAACGAUAUACAGUUCAAGCUGCUCCAAGCUGCUCGCAACGCCUUUUCGGAUGGCAACGAACGCAUCAAGUACACUACGCCUGCUUUACUCACCUCAUCCCUCAAGCUCGCCCGCAGAUACAAAAUAAGAGAACAUUACGACGACAGCUGGCAAUCCCAAUCCUCCGCACUCUACAAAUUCAUGCACUCGUCGAUAUCUGCGCUUUAUACCCGCAAUGGCGCCGCUGAUUUAUGUCUCCGCCUUUUCGUGGCCUGCGGUCAAGUGGCCGACCAAGCAGGCUUUGAAGAGGUGGCCUAUGAAUUCUUCGCGCAAGCAUUUACAAUAUAUGAGGAAGCUAUCAGCGAUUCGAGGGCUCAGUUCCAAGCCGUUUGCGUGAUUGCAGGCGCGCUGCAUUCCACCAGAGGAUUCGGAAAAGAGAAUUAUGAUACGCUAAUUACCAAAUGCGCGUUACAUGGCAGUAAACUGUUGAAGAAGCCGGAUCAGUGUCGAGCUGUAUAUUUGGCCAGUCAUCUCUGGUGGGCCGUGGAGAUUCCGGCGAAAGGCGAGGAGGAUGCCAAGAAUCUCUAUCGAGACGGCAAGCGCGUGCUUGAAUGUCUACAGCGCGCGCUCCGCGUGGCAGAUGCUUGUAUGGAUACCGCAGUGUCAGUGGAGCUGUUCGUGGAGAUCUUGAAUAGAUAUGUAUAUUACUUCGAUCAGCAAAAUGAGACGGUGACGACGAAAUACCUAAACGGCCUUAUCGAGCUCAUACAUUCGAAUCUGCAAACGAACCAGGAAAGUUCGAGCUUAGAGGCUCCGAAAAAGCACUUCCAGAGAACGCUGGAUUACAUCCAGAGCAGGGAGUAUGAAGGCGUUGUACUACAAGCUAAGCAGUAG